AUGGUGUUUGUCGCCACUGCUGUGAGGCCGGCCCGCUGCCACCCACUCUGGCUCCUAGGAUUUGUAGCGCUGCUGCUGCCCGGGGCUUGCGGUCAGUGUGGGGCCCUGCCAAGGCUGAGUCAUGCCCUCCCCUCUGAUACUAAUCGCACAGAGGGCUUCCCCAUCAACACACAAAUGACAUACAAGUGCCUUGAGGGUUUUGUUAAAAUCCCAGGAAAGUCAGACACUGUCGUUUGCCUUUCAAACUCACAGUGGUCAAACAUCGAAGAGUUUUGUGAUCGCAGCUGUCCUGCCCCACCAAGGUUAAAGUCUGCUGUGUUAAGUGAUGAGGAUUUGAGGAAGAAUUACUAUCCUGCUGGGACCAAUGUGAGUUAUGUCUGUCGCCCAGCUUAUGAGAGAACUGAACUGAGUCCUGUUACUACUUGUCUUGAAAAUUUAACAUGGGUGGAAGCCCCUGAGUUUUGUCUAGGAAAAUCUUGUGGUGUUCCAAAAAACCCAGAACAUGGCAGACCUGUUGAUGCAACAAAUAACCGGUUUGGUGCAAAAGUAAACAUACUUUGUGAUGAUGGAUACCGAGUAAGCGGGCGACCUUUCAUCCAGUGUUUGCUUAACGGAGAUCAAGUUGAAUGGAGUGAACUUCCAACUUGCCAAGCGAUUACUUGUUCUCCUCCUCCUAAUAUUACCAAUGGGAUGCACAAUGGCAGUCACCUGGAAAGCCUUGACUAUAACUCAUCGAUAACUUACAAAUGUGACCAUAAUUUUUCACUUACUGGAGAGGCCUCCAUUUACUGUACAACUAGAGAUAACAUCAAUGGAGUCUGGAAUGGGUCUGCCCCUGAAUGCAAAGUCAUAAUUACCCAGGACAAACCCACGACUGUCCCUCCCAAAGGAACAGAAGUAGCUGGUACUGCCUCAGACAUAAUUACCCAGGACAAACCCACAACUGUCCCUCCCAAAGGAACAGAAGUAGCUGGUACUUCCUCAGACAUAAUUACCCAGGACAAACCCACAACUGUCCCUCUCGAAGGAGCAGAAGUAACUGGUACUUCCUCAGGUUCUGUGCUGAACCCAGCUGGCAACUCUGCUGAACCUGAAGAUGAAGGGCUUGUCAUAGUCAUUGCAAUAGGCAUUGGCACUGGUAUUGGUAUCGUAGUUCUUGGUGCAAUUCCUGCAAUUAUAGCAUCGGCAAUUUUGAAGAAAAAUAGGAUGAAGGUCGAUGUUAGCUAAUGGCUUACAAAUUAACAGACAUAAUAUUGGAAGAAAAGAAUGGAAAAGUUA